AUGUCCGCCACGUCUCUCGAUGGACCGCCAUCAGGCACCCCGGAGUAUGAUGCCUGGGCAGCGCAAGACAAAGGCCCCUCAAUAUCCAUCACUUGCUGGCUCUUCAUUUCACUGGCAGCUGUUUUCGUUUUCGCGCGACUGUUCGUAAGGCUGCGCGUGUACAAGAAGCUUAUGCCAGAUGAUUACUGGUGUCUUGCAGGAUUGGUCUGCGGCUUCCUCUCAACUACAUUUUCCCAGUUAGCUGUUGACAAUGGAAAUGGAAAACAUUACCAGCUGCUCUCCGACGAGCGGCAAGAAAAGGUUAUCCUUUGGACGAUAGUGGCAUUCUGCCCUGGCGUCUUAUGCUUUGGCUUCCCAAAACUAGCCGUCGCACAUCUCCUGAUCAAAUUGAUGAACCCUGGAAAAUACCAUCGGUGGUUCCUUUGGGGAAUGGUUAUAUGGUGUCUCCUCACUCUCUUCGCCACUAUCGGCACACUACUGGGACAAUGCCAGCCGGCGAAUUCGCAAUGGAACUUCGACAUCAAGGGUACAUGUGUGCCAAAGCAUCACAUUGUGAACUUCAGUCUUUACGCAGGAGCCUACUCUGCAUUCGUCGACAUUUACCUUGCUGUCUAUCCGGCCAUCGUACUCUUCCAGUUGCAACUCAAGCUUAAAAAGAAGAUUGCACUCUCCGUCGCUCUCGGCAUUGGCUGUGUCUCCGGUGCUGUCGCCCUAUAUAAAACGACGAGAAUUCCCAAAGGUCUCGCCAGCCCUGACUUCUCAUAUGAAAGUUCAGAUUUAGUCAUUUGGACAGUUAUCGAAGGUUCCACCAUCAUCAUGGCUUGCACCAUUCCGGUCCUGUCACCACUAAUGGACAUGAUAUUUGGCCACAACCCGUUCAGUUCGUCGAGGCGUAAGACGAGCUCCUACGAAGCAUACAAGAUGCAGCCGAGGAGUGGCCUUGGGACCACCGAUACUCGCGGGCGGCAGUCGAAGCCUCCUACGCAGUACGAUCUCGAGAAAACGGCGUUCGAUGAUCGCGAUGGCAGCCAGGAGAUAAUCAUCAGUGGACGCAGUAAUGAGCCGAGUUCCUCCGAUCGAUACCCUCUCCAAAACUUUUCUCGACCGUCUGGCAGCACGCCGCCGGAGGGACACAUCAUGCGGACCGACGAAAUUGAGGUGUCGUACGAUAGGCAGGCCGUGCAUGGUCGAUCGAGGAUUUGA